GUAUAAAAGAGCAACUGCCUCGGCGACCACAAACCACCAGACGCCCAACCAGCGCCUCACAAGCAGUUUAUUUUCCGUUGCCAUGGCAAACAUCAAUUGCAUCCUGGGUAUUGUAGUCCUGCUGUUCACUUUCUACACAUGGACAGAAGCAGUGGCUUUGAGAAACUCUACAGCUGAGCAGCCCGACUUUACGAUGUCUGAGAAAUCGGAGCUGGCCAACAAAGAUUUGGAUGGAGACACUAUGACAGGAGAUGGUGAGAGUGGUGCGUUCAGGCGCGUUCAGAGAAACGCAGACCCCUGUGUGUACACAUAUUGUAAAUGGCCCCGGUACUGUGAUGGAAACGUGUAUGUGCCUUAUGUGCUUGACGACAGCUACUCUACUGACCAGAAAAACUUGAUCGUGUCAUCCAUGUCGUCAAUCUCCCAAUAUACAUGUGUUCGGUUCCUUGAGAAAAGAUAUCAACGUGAUUAUCUGCACAUCCGGAAUUUUAGAGAUUGUUCUUCGAAAAUUGGGCGUCAGGGAGGUGCUCAGGAUCUUAAACUUGAAGCUUCCAAAUGUUUGAGGACUCGGACAAUCCAACACGAGCUGCUCCACGCACUGGGCUUCCGCCAUGAACACAGUCGCUCAGACAGAGACCAGUAUGUCAACGUGCUCUGGCAAAAUAUCAAAGAAGGUAGGUUCAAAAUGAUCAUGUUUCUUUAAAAGUUGUAAGGCAUU